UUGCUUGCAUGACCACUCGUUGAUGCAAGAUUCGUCGCAAUGCGAGAUAGACUGGUUGAAGAUGUGUCCAGCUGUCAAGGGAUUCAUGGAGACAACACCGUCUCGGUGGUCGUGACGCCCCAGAACGUGCGGGAACUCAUUGACACACAAAGGCCUGGUUUCAUCCAAAGCCGCCUGCGGUGCCUGGGCUCCGCACCGGUUCCGAUUUCUGGGCCGUGCGACGAGCCAACGAUACGCCAGCGGCUCCGCUGCGCAGCAGCGGAUUUUCGCGGAGGACUUUCGGAGCUGCUGCCCUAUGCCAAAGUCAUGCUGGGGCCGCUGAUGGAUUGUCAUCAGCAGAACGUCCUGGUGCUGGGACUGGGAGGGGGAACAAUCCCAAGCUUCUUGCGGACAAAGUGCCCUGGAAGCCAUGUUGUGGCAGUGGACAACAAUGCCAAUGUGGUGAGAGCCGCCCGGGACUUCUUUGCCUUUGAUGGAGAAGCCAUCGUGGAUGAUGUCCACAGGGUGUUGUCCAAACUUUCGACCACAAAAGCUGGGACUUUUGAUGCGAUCGUCACUGAUGUAGGGCACAACAUCCGCCUGGACCGGAAAGACCUUGGAAAUGUGGUGCGGUUGUUGAAGUCUGAUGGAGUUCUCAUGGAGAACCUGAGUACUCCAUCCUUUGCAGAUGAACAAGUGGCCCUCUACAAAGACUUUCUGGGAGAUGUAUCUGCAGAAGUUAGCGGAAACAACCGCAUUGUUUUUGGUCGACUUCACCCAUCAAAGACGCUAGAGCAAUGAAGCGACGCUUAGAAAAGUGUCAACCAGAUGGCUGUUUGGAGAAAGG